UAUCCAUCAGGGUCGCGCCUGUGUGCGUCUGGACGCACUGCCUUGGACGCGCCUGUCAUUUGGAGGAAACUCCUCCCAACAGACAGCGCGUCCUGUCGCCUUUUCCAGCGCAAUGGUCUCCUGGAUAAUCUCUAGACUUGUGGUACUUGUCUUUGGCACACUGUAUCCGGCAUAUUCGUCUUAUAAAGCUGUGAAGUCAAAGGAUGUCAAAGAAUAUGUAAAAUGGAUGAUGUACUGGAUAAUAUACGCUCUAUUUACAACUGUAGAAGCCUUCACAGACACUUUUGUAUGUUGGCUUCCUUUCUACUAUGAGCUCAAGAUAGCCUUUGUGGUGUGGUUACUGUCGCCGUACACAAAGGGCUCCAGCGUAUUGUACAGGAAGUUUGUUCAUCCCACGCUUUCCUCCAAAGAAAAGGACAUUGAUGAGUAUAUCUGCCAAGCUAAAGACAAAAGCUAUGACACACUGGUACACUUUGGGAGGAAAGGGCUCAAUGUAGCAGCCACAGCAGCAGUCAUGGCUGCCACAAAGGGCCAGGGCGUGCUAUCGGACAGGCUCAGGAGUUUUAGCAUGCACGACCUCUCCACCCUCCAGUCAGACCCUGAUCCUCCACACUCUGGGUCCACACAGCCCUCAUCAGCAGCUCAGCACCGGACCAGAAGCAUGAUGCGCAGCAAGUCAGAGAGCCACAAAGGACAGGAGGAGGAUAUGGCGGAUUAUGAGCUGGUGGGGCUGGAUCCAUGGAGGUCCAAGGAGAUCCUAUCCCAGCAUGCCUUAAACAGUGACCUCCCAAGCGAGAGAGCAUCCUUUACCUUCUCCCUCACCCCCCAGUCCUCUACCCCAUCCACACCCUCCCCGCCCCCCUCUCCCUCUGAAGACCCUGAGGAGCAGGGCAGAGAGGUCCCUGAAGCAUCUAGCUCCCCACAGCUUAGGCUCAGUAAGAGGAAGGCCCCAGAGCCUCCUCUUAGAGUGCUGAGACCUCUGACCAGAUCCAGGAGCGCCCAUUCCUCCAACAAUGAAGCCAUGUAAAGAUGUGCUCCCGAUGACUCCAACUGCCUUUACUGCAAGUCCAAACAGUGAUUGGCCAAAAGCUCAGAAGAAACAGCCUGGCUUUGGAAAAAGGCAGAACCAAAGUGCUGCUGACCCUCCUUAAGCCUACACCACUUGUUGCCCUGGUCAAGUGAGAGACGCUUGAGUAAAUGGACUAUACUACACGUUGACAGUUUUCAGUUCAAUUGCAUUAUUGAAUAUGUGUAUUUAUGUAUGUACAGUUGUGUACACCUUACCUUGGUUACAGUAUGUCAUCUGUGUGCAUCUGCAUGUCUCUCUAUUAUUAGUUUGUAUGGAGCACUAAAGAGUUGUGCUAGAUGAUUUCCCCUCGGGUUUUCUUAGCUGUCACGCCCAAAUAGAGCUGGAGACAAUAUUCUGUAACUUAACCCGUUACAAAGCCUUAAAUUGAGGGAGGCGUAAAAAAAAAUGUCUAAAGUACAAUACAUCCUGUUGAAACUAUUUUCAUUUUGGAAUAUAGGACAUUCAUCAGAAAUUGGUAUUAUAGCAUGUGCAAUUCUGUAUAAUAGUAAUAUCACUGGAGCUUACUUCACUGAUCAAGACAAUCUGCAUUUAAUUACACUUGAAAUAAAUGAGUUUUCUGAAGGUUAAAAUCUACCAUCGACAUUGAUUAACAGGGUCCUUCGCUCCUGUUUACAGCAGAGUGAAGUUACACUGUAACAUUGACCUAUUCUUAACAAACUCACUGUUUUGCACGUCUCACAUUAAUGUAGACUAGUAGCAUACUGUUGUAGCUUUAUUGUGUUAUUUACUGAGCCUCAGCUUUGUCCUGAUGUCACCCACAUUUGCUGGUUCCAGUUAAAUUGUUUGGGGUUGGAAUGAACAAGCAUUUCUCAGGUACAACUGUUCUGUUUACACUUCAUCUCCCUCUUGUGGUUGGAAAGAACCUCCGCACACAAAUGUGUUUUUGCCACAUGUGAAAACAGAUGGUUUAAGCAUUUGUAGUCCAGUGUUAGUGUUGCAGAUGUUGCUCAAUUUCAAAAUUUUGCUAAGUAGCACAUUUGUACAAUUGUGCAUAGACCGAUCUAUAUCUGCAUGUUUAUUAUUCAUUUAUAUAAAAAAAAACAUUUUCUUAACUAAACCUCUUCACCCUUGGCCUACUUAUGUUCUUUCUUCUAAAUGUAUCAUCAAUCUGUACAUUGACAUCACUGUUACCGACAUACUGUUUUGAUUUACUAGAGACCCCUCUAAAAAGAUGGAUUUUUUUCUGGCAGGCCAGAAUGACAAACAUAUUGAAUAAGUGAAAAUAAACAUGAGCAUUUGUGAUUGUAGAGUGGUGAAAAUCAUUUGAAUGGUUUCAAAUAUAUUUCUGUUAAAAUUGAAAACCAAUCAUUAAAUGUGAUGCAAAACUG